GCAACAAAAAAUCCUCAUCAAAUCCUCACCUAAGCUUUCAGCGUAUCCAGAUCCACAUCUUCACUCAAGCCGGGAGAGGGAAAGAGGAAAGGGGGGGAGGGAGAAAAGAAAAAAAAAAAAAAAAACCAACAACUUAGCGAAAACUUCUCAGAGAAUGCUCCAAAACUCAGCAGUGCUUCUGGUGCUGGUGAUCAGUGCUUCUGCAACCCAUGAGGCGGAGCAGAAUGACUCUGUGAACCCCAGGAAAUCCCGGGUGGCAGCUCAGAACUCAGCUGAAGUGGUUCGCUGCCUCAACAGUGCUCUGCAGGUUGGCUGCGGGGCUUUUGCAUGCCUGGAAAACUCCACCUGUGACACAGAUGGGAUGUACGACAUCUGUAAAUCCUUCUUGUACAGCGCUGCUAAAUUUGACACUCAGGGAAAAGCAUUUGUCAAAGAGAGCUUAAAGUGCAUCGCCAACGGGGUUACCUCCAAGGUCUUCCUUGCCAUUCGGAGGUGCUCCACUUUCCAGAGAAUGAUUGCUGAGGUGCAGGAGGAGUGCUACAGCAAGCUGAACGUGUGCAGCAUCGCCAAGAGGAACCCUGAAGCCAUCACUGAAGUCGUUCAGCUUCCCAAUCAUUUCUCCAACAGAUACUAUAACAGACUUGUCCGAAGCCUAUUGGAAUGUGAUGAAGACACAGUCAGCACAAUCAGAGACAGCCUGAUGGAGAAAAUUGGGCCCAACAUGGCCAGCCUCUUCCAUAUCCUGCAGACAGACCACUGUGCCCAACUACACCCACGAGCUGACUUCAACAGGAGGCGCACCAACGAGCCGCAGAAGCUGAAAGUCCUCCUCAGGAACCUCCGAGGUGAGGGGACCUCUCCCUCCCACAUAAAACGCACCUCACAUGAGAGUGCAUAACCAGGGAGAGAGGUUCACAACCUCACCAACUAGUAUCAUUUUAGGGGUGUUAAUACACCAACUUUAAGUGUACUGUGCCUGGUUUGAUUUUUUAAAGUAGUUCCUAUUUUCUAUCCCCCUUAAAGAAAAUUGCAUGAAACUAGGAUUCUGUAAUCAAUAUCCCAACAUUCUGCAAUGGCAGCAUUCCCACAAACAAAAUACAUGUGAUCUUCCCGCCUCUCCUCUUUAAUCACCUUCCUUUCCCAAAUCCUUCCCCAGUUGCCCUCAAACUACCCUCAAGCUCAAAACAUUCAUGUAAUUCCCAAGUCAUUGUAAUUUGAAGAUGUGGAGCCCUUCAGAAUGGUUGCCCCAGUAGAGUUAGCUGAUAAGAAACAACUUAAUUUAAAUGCAUGUCUUAAAAGCUCAUAAAGAUGUUAAAUGGAAUUCGUGUUAUGAAUCUGUGCUGGCCAUGGACGAAUAUGAAUGUCAUGUUUGAAUUCUUGAUCUCUAAUGAGCUAGUGUCUUAUGGUCUUGAUCCUCCAAUGUCUAAUUUCCUUUCCAACACAUUUACCAAAUUGCUCAAGCCUGGCUUUCCGACCAGACACUGAGCCUGCAUCUUCUUGCAUCUAGUGAAAAACAAAAAGCUAACAUCUUUAUGUACUGUAACUGCUCAGAGCUUUAAAAGUAUCUUUAACAAUUGUCUUAAAACCAGAGAAUCUUAAGGUCUAACUGUGGAAUAUAAAUAGCUGAAAACUAAUGUACUGUACAUAAAUUCCAGAGGACUCUGCUUAAACAAAGCAGUAUAUAAUAACUUUAUUGCAUAUAGAUUUAGUUUUGUAACUUAGCUUUAUUUUUCUUUUUCUGGGAAUGGAAUAACUAUCUCAAUUCCAGAUAUCCACAUAAAUGCUCCUUGUGGCCUUUUUUAUAACUAAGGGGGUAGAAGUAGUUUUACUCAACAUCAAAACUUAAGAUGGGCCUAUAUGAGAUAGGAAAAACCAACAGGUUUAUCUGAAGGACCCCAGGUAAGAUGUUAAUCUCCCAGCCCACCUCAACCCAGAGGCUAUUCUUGACUUAGACCUGUCCUGAAACAUUUCAUCACAUCCAACUGGGAAUUAUAAGAACCAAAAAGAGCAUCCCUUUGGGCUUGGAUCACUUACAGUGCGAUAAGGCCUAUACCGUGGGAAGUGGCAGCUCUUAAUGUGCCACCUUUUAUCGGUGCCCUGUACUCUGAGAAAAUGAUGGCAGGGUGGGAGGCUUCCCAUUAAGUCAAUCAGGAAUGAGUCAAUCAGCCUUUGGGUCUUUAGUUUGGGGUACUUGGCUGAGGGGAUAUAAAUAAUCCUGGGCUGUCCAGCCUUAAUAGACAACUCUUACACUUUUGUCCUGUAGCACUCUGCCUGCCAAAGUAGUCCUGGCAGCUGGGCCAUCUCUGUAGGA